AUGUCUAAGUUGGUCGAACAGUUCUUGAAGUUAAAACCGCCGAAGUUCGACGGAAAGGGUGACCUCGAGGCCGCACCGCGUUGGGUCGAAGAAUUGGAGAAGGCAUUCGAAGUCCUGGGAUGCACCGAAGUUGAAAGGGUGACUUUAGCGUAUUUCUCCGAGAGUGCCAGAGAGAGGAAGUUAGCGGAGUUCAUGAGGCUUCGCCAAGGAUUGAUGACCGUGGACCAAUACGAGGCGAAAUUUGCGAGGCUGUCGAAGUUCGCGCCUAGGAUGGUCGAGGACCCUCAGGAUAAGGUCCGGAGAUUCCGGGAUGGGCUGAAACCGGAUCUUCGAAGCCAGAUGAUAUCGCUUAACAUUAAGGACUAUGGGGAGAUGUACGAGCAAGCGCAGGCUAUAGAGCGAGACCAGGUGGACAGGGCAGUUGCUUCUGGAUCGCGGUUUGCCUCGGCUAGGGACAACUGCCGCUUCGGGAAGAAGCUAAUGGCGGGAAACAGACGAUUUGUCCCACUCGUCAGAAAGAAUAUUAGGAAGCCGAACCACCAGCAGAACCGAUUUGGGGCGUGUUUCAAGUGUGGGAGUCUGGACCACCGGAUAAGGAAUUGCCCCCAGCAACGACCAUCAGGACCACCGGUGCAAGCACAGCAGCCCCGGGUUGGAAAUCAGAUCGGGAAUCCCCCGCCAGCUGUUCAAGGUAGACCGCCAGCGCAAGGAAGGGUAUAUGCGAUGGUGCGCAGGGAGGCUAAGGACACGCCAGGCAUGGUCACAGGUACCGUUUCUCUCUGUGAUCAUGCUGCGUAUGCAUUGUUUGAUCCGAGGGCUACCUACUCAUUUAUAUCAGAGCAAUUUGUUAGAUUGAUUGGAAUUGAGCUAGUUAUGCUUGAGGUUAUGCUUUAUGUGACGACACCACUGAAUGAUAAGGUAUUAGUCUCGUUAGGGUGUCCUAGCUGUAAAUUAAUUAUUGGGGGUAGAGAGGAAAUGAUAGAUUUGGCAGAUCUGACCAUGUUCGACUUUGAUGUGAUCAUUGGAAUAGAUUAG